AUGGAAAUAUUAAGUGAAUAUGUGAAACGUUUGGGAUAUCUUUUUUAUUUAGUAGAUCCCAAACAAUCAUCGUUUGAAAACAUCAAUGAAGUGCCCGAUUAUAUAACUCAAGUGAUCCCUUAUUUUGUUAGUCUUAUAGUUAUUGAACAAAUUAUAUUGUUUGCAAAAAACUAUCGUUUCAUAAGAGUUAAUGAUGCGAUCGCAUCGCUAUCCCAGGGAAUCCUUAUGGAGCUCUCAAAGACUGGAUUUAAAGGUUUUGCACUAAUGUAUUACAUAUAUAUCUAUCAAAAUUGGAGAGUAUUUACACUGGAAUGGCAUCACACAAGCACCUGGAUCAUUGCAUUUAUUACAGUUGACUUUGGCUUUUAUUGGUUUCAUAGAUUUACUCAUGAAAUGAAUAUAUUAUGGGCCGCACAUCAGGUACAUCACAGUUCCCAAGAGUAUAACCUAACCACUGCUUUGAGACAAUCGGUACUUCACCUCCUUUUCCAAUAUAUAUUUUACUUGCCAUCAGCACUGGUCAUACCUCCCGCCGUAUUUCUAGUGCACAACCAGUUCAACGUUCUCUACCAGUUUUGGAUUCACACCCAACUUAUCGGAACAAUGGGUCCUUUAGAGUACAUAUUGAAUACACCGAGUCAUCAUCGGGUACACCACGGCAAAGAUGACUAUUGUAUUGACAAGAAUUAUGGGGGAGUAUUGAUAAUUUGGGACCGACUGUUUGGCACUUUUCAACAGGAACUACAUUAUAUUUCCUAUGGAUUGACCACUAAUAUCAAAACAUUUAACCCAUUUAAUAUUCAAAUGCAUCACUAUUUUAGCAUAUUUUGCAAAUUUUUUAAAAUUAAUGGAUUUAAAAAUAAAUAUAUGACACUAUUUGCCAGUCCUGCCUGGGAUGUAGAGCCCAUUGCUCAACAAAAAUGUCAUAAAUCAGUCAAUAAUGAUAUAUAUGAUCCACAAAUUCCCAUAUUUCAACAAAUAUAUGUAUUAAUUCAUUUUGCAAUCAUUAUACUAAUUCAUACAAAUUUAAUGCAAACCAUAAAUGUUUUGUCACACUAUCGGGAAGUCAUAAGUUUAUCAUUUAUUUGUUUAUCGUUAACAUCGUUUGGAUUUAUAAUGGAUAGAAAGUAUUGGUCCAAAUAUGUCGAAAUAUUCAGAUCGUUCAGUAUAUAA